UUAUCUCUAACCUUCAGUAAUUUCAGCUGCCAUACUAAGCUGUUCACUCUGAAAUUAUGGCCAAGGACAUGACUAUCUGGUGGGGCUCUGGCUCUCCCCCAUGCUGGCGGGUAAUGAUCGCUCUGGAGGAGAAGAAACUGCAGGGAUACAACCAAAAACUGCUGUCCUUCGAGAAAGGAGAGCACAAGUCAAAGGAAGUCAUGGAUGUAAACCCCAGGGGACAGCUUCCUGCCUUCAAAUGUGGGGACAAAAUCAUCAACGAGUCCUACGGUGCAUGCUUCUUCCUGGAGUGUGAGUACAUGUCCCAGGGAACCAAACUGAUCCCUGUGAACUCCAGCGAGAAAGCCCUGGUGCUCCAGCGUACCUUUGAGGGUAACACGCUUCACCAGAAAAUGGUGGAUGUUUUUAUGUACAACCGGAGGGUCCCGGAGAAUGAGAGGCACGAAUCUGCCUUUAAGAGACUCAAGGAGACGCUGACUGGCGAGGUGCAGAUGUGGGAGGGACACCUGCAGAAGGUAUGUGAAUGACCCGCACGCACUUUCACUCUACUGCUAAACAAGCAUCCAGUGCACAAAACCUAUACCUACAUAGCUUUGUUGCUCUGGCUUUGUGCUCCAACUGCUUUGUAGUGGGAGAAACAGUGGGG